GGCCCCCGAGGCGGGGGUUGGGGGGCUCUGCUCCGAAAGACCCUUUUUGCAGUCGGGAAUUGUAGGUCUCGAGACGGCUCCAGCUCGGCUUCCCGCCGGCGCGCUCGUCCGCAGGCGCGGGGCGCGGGCAGCCUGCCCGGUGGCUUCCAGCCCGGCUGUGCGCGGGAGCCCCGGCUGCGCAGGCCAGUGGCCCGGGCCACGCUUGCAACCCGCAGACUCGUUUUUAACCCACAGAUGUUCUGUUUUCUAGGAAGAAGAGCUCGCCUAAAGGAUUAACAUAAGAUAACGUAGCAUCUUCCCUUAGAUUUGUUCAAGCCGGAAAAGUAAAAGUAAACCAUGCCAUCUUUCGCCUCGGGCGGCGCAGCGUUACAGCCUGGAUCGCGUGCUUGACCCUAACGCUGUGCUCACGAUGCCAGAAGGGAAGUCUCCCGACAGAAAAAGACCCUGUAGAAACUUGUCAGCUAGCAAAACUAAAAACAGUGCCUCUAUUAUUUCAUAUUUUAACAAUGCACCGCCUACUAAACUUGCCUGCCCCGUUUGUAGUAAAAUGGUACCCAGGUACCACCUAAACCAGCAUCUCGAUGAGAUGUGUGCUGACGAGGCCACCGCUGCUCUGACUGGCCCAGUGCAAGGUGGCUUGAAUUCAGAUUCAUCCACGGUCCAGGUAACCAGCUUUAGCUUAGAAGAUGUAACACCAGAGACCUUAUCUCCGCCAAAGAAAAGUUUAACUCCCAGCCAGAGUGGUUUGGUGGAAGUGGGUGUAAAACACACCAGUCCCUACUUUAAGAAUCAUGAUGCCAUAGUACGCAGAAACCAAGAAGAGUUGAAAAAUCAUAACGUGAAAACGAUUUCUUUGGGCAGCCUGUCGUCUAAACUGUCAAGAAAGUACGUGAAGGCAAAAAAGUCUCUAGUUAAGAAGGAAGAAUUUGCCGGUCAUUAUCCGCAGAGUCCCAGUUCCACAGCUGUUAAGAGCCUGGCGGGUGACAGUUCAGAAAUUGAGGAUAAGGAUGAAAAUUUGAAUAGUUCUCAAAAGGAAAACAUUUUUACCUGUGAUUUGGUAAAGGAAGAGAAUACUCCUAAAUGUAUGGUAAAUACUAGUAAAAUAAUGGAAGCUGAAAGCCAAAAGGUUACCCAGGAAUGUGAGACCUUAACCUUCAGCCCUGGCUUGUCAGAUAAGGCUCUCUUCGGCUUUUCACCGGGUUUAACUCUUGGAAAGGAUUUCAGGUCCACUUCAGAAGACGGGCGUGUGAAACAGAGUAUCAAAAGAGGUGAUGAAGGAGUUGAGAAACGUGAGUUGUGUAGUUUUCAAGAAGUAGAAGUCACUGUUGCUUCAGAAGUUAAAACACUGUUGUCAGUUGCAGAGGCAGAAUCUGGUUCUACCAAUGACAGUGAUGGUUCUAAGUGGAGCGGCGUGCAGGGACUCGUGGAGGAUGAGGGAGGCCCAAGGAAUGGAAUGGCCUGCAGCGUUCCUGUGGAGCUGGGACCCAGCUGUGGCGUUCCUGGCGGCACCCCUGGAGCACCAGACCAUCCUUACUAUCUCCGCAAUUUCCUCAUGGUCCUGAGUGCUGUGCUAGAGAACGAAGAGGACAGGCUGCUCUUUGACGACGGGGAUAAGGAGGUUAUAAACAAAUUUUAUCAGUUGUCAGCUAGUGGUCAGAAGUUAUAUGUAAGGCUCUUUCAACGUAAAUUAACCUGGAUUAAAAUGAACAAGUUAGAAUAUGAAGAGAUUGCUCAAGACUUAACACCCGUGAUUGAGGAAUUGCGCCACGCGGGCUUUCUACAGACAGAAUCUGAGUUACAAGAACUCUCGGAAGUCCUUGAACUCCUUUCUGCUCCUGAGCUGAAAGCCCUGGCCAAGACCUUCCACCUGGUGAAUCCCAGCGGGCCGAAGCAGCAGCUGGUGGAUGCCUUUCUGAGACUGGCCAAGCAGCGUUCCGUCUGCACUUGGGGCAAGAGUCAGCCUGGAAUUGGAGCUGUGAUCUUAAAAAGAGCUAAAGGCCUAGCCGGACAGUCACUACGGAUCUGCAAAGGUCCCAGGGCUGUGUUUGCUCGGAUCUUACUCCUGUUUUCAUUGCCUGACUCUGUGGAAGAUGAAGAAGGAGCUUGUGGAGGUCAGGGUCAGCUCUGUACUGUGCUUUUGGUCACUCUUGGCCGGGUGGAGUUUCCUACUUACACCAUCAAUCGGAAAACUCAAAUCUUCCAAGACAGAGAGGAUCUUAUCAGAUACGCAGCGGCUGCGCACACGCUGAGUGACAUUUCUGCCGCCAUGGCCAGUGGGAACUGGGAAGAAGCUAAGGAGCUCUCUGACAGUGCCAAGAGGGAGUGGAACAAGCUGAAAAACCACCCUUCCCUGAGGUACCACGAGGAUUUACCACUCUUCCUGCGGUGCUUUACUGUUGGCUGGAUUUACACGCGGAUUUUGUCUCGGUCUGUUGAGAUACUGCAGAGACUUCACAUGUAUGAGGAAUCCGUGGCGGAACUCGAAAACCUUUUGUCUCAGGCAAGUUACUGUCCCGACAGCAGAGGCCGAUGGUGGGAUCGACUGGCUCUUAACCUGCACCAGCACCUGAAGCGCCUGGAACCGGCUGUCAGGUGCAUCAUCAAAGGGCUGGCGGAUCCAGAAGUAAGGACAGGGCACCGCCUUUCACUCUAUCAGAGAGCCAUGCGCCUGCGGGAGUCCCCGAGCUGUAAGAAGUACAAGCAUCUCUUCCGCCAGCUGCCAGAAAUAGCAGUGGAAGACGUGAAGCACGUGACCAUCACGGGCAGGCUGUGCCCUCAGCAUGGAAUGGGCAAGUCCACAUUUGUCGUGGAGUCUGGGGACACUGCUGCCCCCACCACAGUCCUGUGCUCUGUGGAGGAGCUGGCGCUGGACCACUACAGACGCCACGGCUUUGACCAGGGUAUCCACGGGGAAGGGUCUACCUUCAGCACACUAUGCGGCCUCCUCUUGUGGGAUGUGAUCUUCAUGGAUGGCAUCCCUGAUGUCUUCAGAAACGCCUACCAGGCGUCCCCGCUGGACUUGUGCACGGACAGCUUCUUCAGUAGCAGGAGGCCAGUGCUUGAGGCCAGGUUGCAGCUGAUUCACAGUGCCUCUGCAGAGAGCCUGCAGGCCUGGGUGGCCGCCACGUGGCAGGCCCAGGAGGGCCGAGCGUCUUCCCUCAUCAGCUGGGAUCUCUUCACCUCUCUUCAGCAAGCUCAGGAUCUCGUCUCCUGCCUGGGAGGUCCUGUCCUCAGUGGUGUGUGCCGGCGCCUGGCUGCUGACCUGCGACACUGCCGAGGGGGCCUCCCUGACUUGGUCGUGUGGAGCUCGCACAGCCGUCACGUCAAGCUGGUGGAAGUGAAAGGCCCCAGUGAUCGCCUUUCCCCUAAGCAGAUGAUCUGGCUGGAUGAGCUGCAGAAGCUGGGGGCCGAUGUAGAGGUCUGCCAUGUGGCUGCGGUGGGAGCCAGGCGCACAGGCCGCAGCUAAGGGCGAUGAGAUGGCCAUUGGGCGUGUGGGGUACAUGAUUUGUGAAAGUAUAGGGUAGUAUUAGAUUGUAUUUUUGAUGGUCAGAUAACUUAAUGACUCAUUACACAGUGUGAGUGCCUCACAAAACUUGGUAUCUGCUUGAAUAUACUGGCUGAUUGCACAAUGCAUAAUAAACUUCAUUUAAAGAAAAUCUUAGUGGC